AUGACUACCGUCUCAGUUCCCCUGUUAAUCAAUGGCAAAGAAGAGUUCCUCCCGACGACCUUCGACGUGAUAAGUCCCUACACCAACCAACCCUGUUGGACCGCCGCAGCCGCCACCCCGCAAGAUGCGAUCCGCGCCGUCGAAGCCGCAGACGCAGCUUUCCCAGCUUGGUCGCGGACAAAACCUACCGUGAGACGGGAUAUCUUGUUCAAGACAGCCGAUCUACUCGAGCAGCGACUGACAACCAAUGCGGAGUACAUGCGCACAGAAAUGGGAGCCGACAUAGGCGCGUCGGAGGGGUUCGUGGUUCCACUAGCGAUUCGGAUGCUACGCGAUGUUGCGAGUCGCAUUACCUCUAUUUGCGGGAGUGUGCCCGCUGUGGAGAUGGAGGGACAAAGUGCCAUGGUGUUCAAGGAGGCGAUGGGUGUUAUUCUCGGGAUUGUGCCGUGGAACGCCCCCUACGUCUUCGGCAUUCGCUCUGCUGCAUGCGCACUGGCAGCUGGAAAUACUACAAUUCUCAAACCCUCUGAACUAACACCACGUUGCUACUGGGCUAUUGGUCGCGCAUUCCAAGACGCAGGUCUGCCGGCUGGAUGUUUAAAUAUCCUCUCAUGUCGCCCGCAGGAUGCGCCCGAGGUAGUGAACGCCAUGAUUGAGCAUCCCGCCGUACGCAAGAUCAAUUUCACUGGUAGUACGGCUGUGGGCCGCAAGAUUGCGCGCACAUGUGGACAGAACUUGAAGCCGUGUCUGAUGGAGUUGGGCGGGAAGAACAGCUCCAUUGUGUGUGCUGAUGCUAAUAUGCAGACUGCCGUGCAGGGUGUACUUGCGGGCUCUUUCCUUAAUUCUGGCCAGAUUUGUAUGGCUACUGAUCGUAUUCUUGUUCACUCUUCUAUCGCACCUGCUUUUAUCGAUGCCCUGAAAACGGCUUUGGCUGCCGGUGCUGGUGCUGACUCCCUUCCGCCGACAUUGGUGAACACGGCUUCAAAGGCCCGUGUGGAAGCCCUUAUUUCCAGCGCUGUUGCAGGUGGCGCACACUUCAUUUCUGGAUCUGCUGACACCAAAGUACCUUCGGACUGUGGUGUUCGCAUGGCGCCGUCCAUUCUAGGUGGAAUUAAGGAAGAUAUGUCGCUAUGGCAGGAAGAGUCAUUUGCUUCUGUGGCCGCGUGCAUGGUGUUCGAGACCGAAGACGAGGCAAUCCGGCUGGCCAAUGGUAGCGGGUAUGGACUGUCAGCAUCGGUAUUUACGGAGGAUCUCCGUAAAGGCUUGGCGAUGGCCAAGCGGAUCCAAUCUGGGGCGGUGCAUAUCAAUAGCAUGACAAUCCACGAUGAGCCCGUGUUGCCGCAUGGCGGAGUUAAGAACAGUGGAUGGGGUCGAUUCAACGCUGCAGAGGGUCUGAAUGAGUUUUUGGUGACGAAGAGUGUUACAUGGAUGGAUUAA